AUGCGAGGGAUCCCGCGCGUCGACUUGUGCUUCAACUCGGAAGAUCCGAGGGCGUACGCGAAGCGACGCAUGGCGGCGUACGAAGCGCGGCGCGCCGCCGUCCGGAGGCUCGAGUACGAGCUGUUUUUGGACGUGAUGCCGACGGACGACGUCCCCGCGUUAAACGCCGCGUCGACGGCGAGGAUCACCGAACUUUCGCUGAACACGCCGGGCGCGCGAAGCCACGCGGCGACCGCGGAUACGCUCGUGAGAGAAGCGAGCGACGAGUACGCGCGCGCGAUGUGCAAGCUCGCGUUCGACGACGCGCUCCCGCGCGCGGCCGCGCCGUUGUGCGGCGUGCGCGCGAUCGAGGACGCGGCGGGGUACUCGUACGCCGCGCAGGCGUCUGAGUUUACGUUUCGAACGGCGCUGACGAAACCGGAGGUGAUCGAGUGCACGCGGCGGAUCGUGAACGAGUGCGUCAAGUGCGCGAAAGUUCCGCUCUUCGCGACGACGUUUAGCAAGCCGCAGCGCGUGGACGAGUUCGAGACGGCGCAGAAGCUGACGCUGAACAACGCGUCGGUGGCGAUCAAAGAGCAGUGGACGGGCUCGGUGAAGGAUGCGUUUUUCGAUUGCUUCGGAAAGGUGGGCAAGGGGUGGUACAACAUCAAAGAGACCGACCGCGCGGCGUACGACUUCGGGAAGAUGAAGAAGUACCAGAACAUGAUCCGCAUGCGGAUGGAGGACACGCUGCGGUUCCUCGUCGACGACGCGGUGGCGUCGUUCACGGCUUUUAUCCACGCGACGUGUUCCGCGGAGCUCUCCGUGAACGCCACGAACGACGUCGAGCCCGGCCCGGCGCCGCCUCUGUUCGCGCUCGAACUCCAGAACAUCGUCAGCGAGGACGCGGCGAACCCGAAGCUCGGGUUCGAGUACAGCACGCCGCUCGAUGACAUUAAGAAAACCGUCAUCGAGACGUUUGAGAACGCGGUCACGAGCGUGUACGGGAUUCCUUUCAUCGAGCCGGACGUCAUAACGGAAAUCACGUGGACGUUUAUUCCGUCGAUGACGACCGUGAACUUAGCCGAGCCGCACGUCAAACGCGCGCAGGAGUCCGUCGCCGCGGACGUCACCGUCGCGAUCGACGCUCUGAAGCGCUACUUGAAGCUGUACGAUCAGUUCAAGCCGCUGCAGAAGAUUAAGGUCGAGUCCUACGUCGAGGAGCUCAACGACCACCUGCUUCACAUCGAGACGACGCUGCCGGACGCGAUCGACGUCGGCCCGUUCAGGGUGAACGCGUCGAGGGUGAAGACGGCGCUCGCGGAUAAACGCCGCGCGCUGAUCGAAGAAGUCAAGACGCUCAUCGCGGCGUACCCGCGCGAGAUUUGCGUCGACGUCAUCGCGCGGUACGCGGAGAUCAACUCCAGACUAGAGGUUGGCACCGAGGACCCGGAGGGCGUCGGCGCGCUGCGGGAUCUCAUCGACUCCAUACCCAAGCUCGUGUACGACUUGACGACGACGCUCUCGGAGGCGUACGCGUAUUGGGGCGCGUUGGACGACGCGCGCGUGCCGCUGUCCGACGACGACGUACGGAAAAAGGCGGAGGCGCAGUUCUGGCCGACGAAGCUGACGUACACGAUCGCGAGCACGAAGGAGGAGCUCGCGAGGGACGAGAAGACGUACCGCCAGACGCAAGAGGUGGAGCAAGACGAUUUUAAAGUGAAGCUCAAAUCUAUGGAGGAGGAGACCAUCGCGCGGCUGCCGGAUUACGUGGACAUGAACAACACGGAGGCGUACGCGGAGCGCAUGGCGGAGAUCGACGGCGAGCUGAAGAAGGCGCAGGAGCAGGCGAACUUGUUCAACUCGAGAGAGGCGCUGUUCGGGUUGCCCGCGACGGAUUACGGCAAAGUCCGACGGAUGGCGGACGCGUUCGAUCCGUUUUGUCAGUUUUGGAAGUACGCGAACAACUGGCGCUCGUGGCAGAAGGAAUGGAAAUCCGAGCCGUUCGCGACGUUGAACGCGGAAGAAGUCGAGAAGGACGUCGGGACCGCGUACAAGGUGAUGUUCAAGAUGGGCAAGGCGUUCAAUAUGCGAAACAUGCCCGCGUGCGCGGCGAACUGCGAGACGGUGCGAAACGAGCUCGAGGAUUUCCAAAAGUACCUCCCGCUCCUCGUCGCGCUUCGAUCGCCCGGGAUGCGCGACCGGCACUGGGAGAAGAUCACCGAGGACGUCGGGGUCACGAUCCCUCACGACGACCCGGAGUUCAACCUCACGAAGAUUCUCGAGAUGGACCUCCACGCGUCCGAGGAGGCGCUCGUCAAGGUGUGCGACGUCGCGGGGAAAGAGUUUGGGAUCGAAACCGCGCUCGAAAAAAUGUACGGCGAAUGGGAGGGCGCGGAGCUCGAGGUCGUGGAGUACCGCGAGACGCAGACGCACGUCAUACGCAUCGAGGAGACGAUCACGCAGAUGCUCGACGAUCACAUCGUCAUGGCGCAGGCGAUGGGGUUUUCGCCCUUCAAAAAACCGUUCGAAGAGCAGAUCUCGACGUGGGAGCGGACGCUGUCGAUGGUGAGCGAGGUUUUGGACGAGUGGAUCACGCUGCAGCGGUCGUGGAUGUACCUGGAGCCCAUCUUCGGGAGCGAGGACAUCAUGGAGCAGCUGCCGUUAGAGGGGAAACGGUUCGCCGCGGUGGACCGUCUGUGGAGGAAAGUGCUGACGAAAGCGUUGGGCGUUCCCGGGGUGUUGAAGAUGUGCAACGAUCGAAUCUUGCUCGAGAAGUUCAGAGACGCGAACAAUCAGUUGGACAUCGUGCAGAAGGGUCUCGCGGAUUACCUCGAGACGAAACGCUUAGCCUUCAGCCGUUUCUUCUUCUUGUCCAACGACGAGCUUCUGCAGAUUUUAUCCCAGACGAAGAACCCGCUCGCGGUGCAGCCGCACCUGCGGAAGUGCUUCGAGGCGAUCAACACGCUGACGUUCGAGGGGGAUUUAAAAAUCACCGCGAUGAACAGCGUGGAGAACGAGAGAGUGCCCUUCAGCGAGCACAUGUACCCGGAAGGGAACGUCGAGAACUGGCUCGGAGAGGUGGAGCGCAUCAUGAAAGAUUCGUGCCGUCACUCCGUCGUGGAGUCGCUCGCGGAUUACCAAGCGACGCCGCGGCCGGAGUGGGUCAAGUCGUGGCCCGCGAUGACCGUCCUCGGCGUCGGGUGCUGCUAUUGGACCUCUCUCUCCGAGGAGGCGAUCAAAGACGCCGAGCUUCCCAAGUGGUUCGACAAGAACGUCGAACAACUGAACGACCUCACGGACAUGGUGCGAGGGAAGCUCUCGUCGCAAGAGCGCGGCACCCUCGGCGCGCUCAUCGUCAUCGACGUCCACGCGCGCGACGUCAUCACCACGCUGAUUGAAAACGACGUCACCGCGAUGACGGAUUUCGACUGGGUCCGGCAGCUCAGAUACUACUGGGAGAACGAUGACCUGUACGUCAAGAUGGUUCAAGCGUCGCUGCCGUUCGGGUACGAGUACCUCGGGAAUCAGCCGCGUCUGGUCGUCACGCCGCUGACGGAUCGAUGUUACAUGACGCUGAUGGGCGCGAUUCAUCUCAACUUGGGCGGCGCCCCCGCCGGUCCCGCGGGGACGGGCAAGACGGAGACGACGAAGGAUCUCGCCAAGGCGCUCGCGAUGCAGUGCGUCGUGUUCAACUGCUCGGACGGUCUGGACUACCUCGCGAUGGCGAAGUUUUUCAAAGGCCUCGCGUCGAGCGGCGCGUGGGCGUGCUUCGACGAGUUCAACCGGAUCGACCUCGAGGUUUUAUCCGUCGUCGCCGCGCAGAUUUUAACGAUUCAAAACGCGAUCCAGCAGGGCCUGAAGCGGUUCGAGUUCGAAGGCUCCGAGAUUGGUCUGGACGCGCGGUGCUGCGUCUUCAUCACGAUGAACCCCGGAUACGCCGGGCGUUCCGAACUUCCGGAUAACCUCAAAGCCCUGUUCCGACCGUGCGCGAUGAUGGUGCCGGAUUACGCGCUCAUCGGCGAGAUCUCGUUGAUGUCUUUCGGGUUCAAACGCGGCCGCCCGCUCGCGAGGAAGAUGGUCGCCACGUUCAAGCUCUGCUCCGAGCAGCUCUCCGCGCAGGAUCACUACGACUACGGCAUGCGCGCGGUUAAGUCCGUGAUCACCGCCGCGGGUAACCUGAAGCGCGACUUUCCGGACGAGGACGAGGAGGUUCUUUUACUUCGCGGGCUCAUGGACGUGAACGAGCCGAAAUUUUUAGCGCACGACCUCCCGCUGUUCGCGGGCAUCAUCAGCGACUUGUUCCCCGGAUUAAAGAAGCCCGAGGUGGAUUACGACGACCUGAACGAAGCCCUGCGAGAGAGCUGCGAAGAGCUGAAGAUCCAGCCCGUCCCCGCGUUCAUCGGUAAGGUGAUCCAGAUGUACGAGAUGACCGUCGUGCGGCACGGGCUCAUGCUCGUGGGUCCCACCGGCGGCGGGAAGACGAUGUGCUACCGUUCGCUGUGCUCCGCGAUGACGAGGCUCAACAAGGCUGGGUCGGAGGUAUUCGAGAGGGCUAAGUUCGUGUGCUUGAACCCGAAGUCGAUCACGAUGGGACAGCUGUACGGCGAUUUCGACGACGCGACGCACGAGUGGACCGACGGCGUCCUCGCGUGUUACAUGCGCGACCUCUCCGAGGAGACGGGAACGGACAAGAAGUGGUUGCUGUUCGACGGCCCGGUCGACGCGAUCUGGAUCGAGAACAUGAACACGGUGUUGGACGACAACAAGAAGCUGUGCCUCGUGUCCGGCGAGAUCAUCCAGAUGUCGUCCACGAUGACGAUGAUGUUCGAGGUGGAGGAUCUCGCGGUUGCGUCCCCGGCGACGGUGUCGCGGUGCGGCAUGAUUUACAUGGAGCCGACGUCCAUGGGGUUCGAGCCGCUUCUGGACUCGUACUUGGAGUCGCUCCCGGAGAUCAUGAAGCCGUACCUCGGGAAGUUUAGGGACAUCUUCGUGAAGGUGAUGCCCGGCCUGGACGGCCUCCUGCAUUUCGUGCGCAAAAACUUGAAGGAGACGGUGGUCACCGUGGACACGUGCCUCGUGAGCGGCAUGUUCAACGUCAUGACGUCGCUCCUGAAGAAGUACGAGCGGCACGAGCACUUGCACCAGGAGCCGCUGACGAGCCAAGAGAUUUCCGCGGCGCAGAAAGCCGCGCUGCCGCUGUGGAUCUUCAGCAUGAUCUGGUCCGCGUGCGCGACCGUGACGGGGCCGGGGCGGCCGCGGCUGGAGACGUUUAUGCGUCAAAAAGCGAAGGAGUGCGACUUCGUCAAGCACAUGCCCCCGAGCGACAAGGGCUCCACCUCGAUGUACGAGUACUGCUUCGACCAGGACGAGCUCAAGUGGGUGGAGUGGAUGCGAUCGAUUCCGGAGUACGUCCCGAACCCGGACGCGCCCUUCUCGCAGGUCAUCGUCCCCACCGCGGAUACGGUUCGGUACGCGUACGUCAUCGACAAGCUUCUCUUGUCGGAUAAACACGUGCUCUGCGUCGGCGACACCGGCACGGGGAAGACGCUCAACGUCAUGGAUAAGCUGUCGAACCACAUGCCGGAGACGUACGUCCCGGUGUUCAUGACCUUCAGCGCGCGAACGUCCGCGAACCAGACGCAGGACUUUUUAGACAGCAAGAUGGACAAGAGGCGCAAGGGCGUCUUUGGGCCGCCGUCGGGGCGGAAAUACGCCGUCCUCAUCGACGAUCUGAACAUGCCGCUGCGCGAGAAGUAUUUCGCGCAGCCGCCGAUCGAACUCCUUCGCCAGUGGAUGGACCACGACGGAUGGUACGAGCGGAAGCCCCCGUGCGCGUUCAGGACGAUCCAGGACAUGAUCAUCGUCGGGUGCAUGGGCCCGCCGGGGGGCGGACGCAACCCGGUUUCGAAUCGAAUGCUGCGGCACUUCAACUUUUUGUCGUUUUCGGACAUGUCCGACGAGAGCUGCGUUCGCAUCUUCGACACGAUUCUCGGCGCGACGCUCGGGAAGUCGUUCGCGCCGGAGAUCGCGGAGCUCUCCAGCGCGGUCACCGCGGCGACGAUAUCCAUCUACAACACCGUCCGAGCGGACUUGCUUCCCACCCCGGCGAAGAGCCACUACACCUUCAACUUGCGCGACCUCGCGAGGGUGUUCCAAGGGUUACUGCGCGCGGACCCGAGGCUCAUCGGCGAGGACAAGAACGAGUUCCUAGGGCUCUGGAUGCACGAAAACCUCAGAGUGUUCCAAGACCGCAUGGUGAACAACGAAGACCGCGAGUGGUUCCGCGACCUCGUGGACAAGGUGUCGAAGGAGAAGUUCAACGGCGUCGGCUGGGACGACGUCGUCGGCGUCGACGGCGAACGCCUCGUCUUCGGCGAUUACCUCGUCCCGGGCGCGGAACCGAGGCAGUACCAGCGCGUGCGCGACAUGAACGAGCUGCGACGCGUCGUCGAGGAAGCCCUGGACGAUUACAACUCCGUGACGAACGCGCCGAUGAAGCUCGUGAUGUUCUUGGACGCCAUCGAGCACGUCUCGAGGGUGUGCCGCGUGAUUCGACUGCCGCUCGGCAACGCGCUUCUUCUCGGCGUCGGCGGGUCCGGACGGCAGUCGCUCACGCGGCUCGCCGCCGCGCUCGAGGAGUUUGAACUCUUUCAGAUCGAAGUCGCGAAAGGGUACGGCAAGAACGAGUGGCGCGACGACCUCAGGAAGGUUUUACUCAUGGCGGGCGCGGAGGGCAAGGACGUCGUCUUUCUCUUCACCGACACGCAAAUCGUGCAAGAGAAUUUCCUCGAGGACAUCAACAACAUCCUCAACAGCGGCGAAGUUCCGAACCUGUGGAAGUCCGAGGACUUGGGUACGAUCGAGAACGCCCUGCGACCGAUCAUGUCGCAGCAAGGCUUACCCCUCACGAAGAACGCGGUGAACGCGUACUUCAUCACGCGCGUCCGGUCCAACCUGCACUGCGUCCUCGCCAUGUCCCCGGUGUCGGAUGAGUUCCGGCAGCGCCUGCGCAUGUUCCCGUCGCUCGUGAACUGCUGCACGAUCGACUGGUUCAGCGAGUGGCCGCUGGAGGCGCUCGACUCGGUCGCGAACACGUUCUUGCGCGAUCCGCUCAAGUCCGAGAGCGAGGAGCUCGUGAGGAGCGUCGUCGACGCGUGCGUCUUCAUCCACCAGAGCGUCGAGAAAAAGUCCAAGGAAUUUUUCGAGACGCUACGACGGUACAACUACGUCACGCCGACGUCGUACCUCGAGCUCCUUCAGACGUUCAUUCGCUUGCUUCGAGAGAAGCGCGCGGAGCUCGAGACGAUGCGCUCGCGCCUGCAGAUUGGUCUCGAUAAGCUCAACAGCACGGCGUCGCAGGUUGGCGUCAUGGAGAAGGAGCUCGUGGAUUUGCAGCCGGUGUUGCAAAAGACGACGGUGGAGGUGGAAGAGAUGAUCGUCGUCAUCACCGCGGACACGGAGAAGGCGAACGUCACCAAGGCGAAAGUCGCGCAGCAAGAAGCGGAGGCGAACGAGAAGGCGGCGGAGGCCAAGGCGAUCGCGGACGACGCGCAGGCGGACCUCGACAAGGCGCUCCCGGCGUUGGACGCGGCGGUGAAGUCGCUGAAGCUACUGACGAAGAAUGACAUCGUCGAGGUCAAGGCUCUGAAGAAUCCGCCCGCGGGCGUGCGGCUCGUGAUGGAGGUGUGCUGCAUCUUCUUUCUGCAGAAGCCGAAGAUGGUGGAGGACAAGCGAGACGGCGCGAAGCCCGGGGCGAAGGUGGCGGACUACUGGGAGGCGUCCACGAAGAUGCUUCAGGACCCGCCGAAAUUUUUAGAGUCGCUCAUGAAGUUCGACAAGGACGGGAUCGUCCAGGAGACGAUCGACAAGGCGGCGCCGUUCAUGGAGCGCGAGGAUUUCACCCCGGAGGCGAUCAAGAAGGUGUCCAAGGCGUGCACGUCCAUCUGCAUGUGGGCCAGGGCGAUGUUCACGUACUACAACGUGUCCGUGGCCAUCGCGCCGAAGCGAGAGGCGCUCGCGCAGGCGCAAGCGUCGCUCGAGGUCACGAAAGGCGAGCUCGCGGAGGCGAAGAAGACCCUGGGAGAAGUCCAAGCCAAGCUGGACGAGCUCAACGCCAACUUAUCCGCCGCGGAAGCGAAGAAGAACGGCUUAGAGGAGCAAGCGGAGACGUGCAAGGCGCAGCUCGACCGCGCCGGAAAACUCAUCGGCGGCCUCGGCGGCGAAAAGACGCGAUGGGAAGCGACGGUGCAGUCGCUCACGGAUCAACUCGCCGCGGUCAUCGGCGACGUCGUCGUCUCCUCCGGCGUCGUCGCGUACAACGGCCCGUUCACGCCGUCGUUCCGCGCGGACUUACUCGCGGAAUGGUCCGCGAAGAUGGUGGAGCUCGAUAUCCCGCACACGCCCGGCGCGGACAUCGUGUCGACGCUCGCGGACCCCGUGCGCAUUCGCGCGUGGAACAUCGCGGGGCUCCCCGCGGACGCGGUCUCCAUCGAGAACGGGAUCAUCGUGAGCAAAGCCAGGCGAUGGCCGCUCAUGAUCGACCCGCAAGGGCAGGCGAACAAGUGGGUCAAGGCUAUGGAGAAGGAGACGGGCAUCGACGUCAUCAAACUCACGGAGAAGGACUACCUUCGCACGCUCGCGAACGGGAUCCGGUUCGGCCGAGCGGUGUUGCUCGAGAACAUCGCGGAGACCCUGGACGCCGCGCUCGAGCCGCUGCUGCAGAAGCAGACGUUCAAGCAAGGCGGCAGCGAGGUGAUCAAGAUGGGCGACGACGUCAUCCCGUAUCACCCGGAUUUCCGGUUUUACAUGACGACGAAGAUGCGGAACCCGCACUAUCAACCCGAGGUGUCCGUCAAGGUGUCGCUGCUGAACUUCUUCGUGACGCUGGACGGUCUCGAGGACCAGCUCCUGGGCGUCGUCGUCGAGCAAGAGCGGAACGACCUCGCGGAGCUGAAGAACGAGCUCGUCGUGUCCAACGCGCGGAUGAAGAAGGAGCUCAAAGAGAUUGAGGAUAAAAUUUUAUACCUCCUGUCCAACUCCACCGGAAACAUCCUCGACGACGAGGUUCUCAUCGACACGCUAUCGCAGUCGAAGGUGACGUCGAACGAAAUCACGGAGAAGGUGGCAGAGGCGGAGAGCACGGAGAAGGACAUCGACGCGACGCGAGAGGAGUACCGCCCGGUGGCGACGCGCGCGUCGGUUUUGUUCUUUUGCAUCUCCGACCUCGCGCUCGUGGACCCGAUGUACCAGUACUCCCUCGCGUGGUUCAUCUCUCUGUUUAUCCGCGGCAUCGAAGAAGCGGAGGAGAACGAGGACGUCCAGCAGAGGAUCGAGAUCCUGAACGAGUACUUCACGUAUUCGCUGUACAACAACGUGUGUCUGUCGCUCUUCGAGUCGCACAAGCUCAUGUUUUCGCUGCUUCUCACGAUCGCGAUCAUGCAGCAGAAGGGUCUCAUCGACGCCCUGGAGUGGCGCUUCCUGCUCGCCGGUCCCACGGACACGAACAUCGCGGAGCCGAACCCCGCGCCGGACUGGGUCACGGAGAAGGUGUGGGUCGAGCUCGUCAACCUCGCGAGCCUUCCCGCCUUUGAGGGCUUCACGACGGCGUUCGCCGACGACGUGGACCACUACCGCGCGUACUUCGAGUCCGCGGACGCGCACCGACACAAGCUCGACGCCCACUUCGACGAGAAGCUCAACGCGUUCCAGAAGCUGCUCGUGAUUCGAUGCAUCCGCCCGGAUCGCUUCAUGCUCGGCGUGCAAGACUUUGUCGCGCUCAAGCUCGGCGAACGGUUCAUCGAGCCGCCGCCGUUUAACCUCGCGUCGUGUUACGCCGAGAGCUCGGUGUCGUCGCCUCUCAUCUUCGUGCUGUCGUCCGGCGCGGACCCGAUGGCGGAUCUUCUGAAGUUCGCGGACGAGUCCAAGAUGAUUCGGAAGUUUGACCAGGUGUCCCUCGGGCAAGGCCAGGGCCCGAAAGCGGAGGCGCUCAUGCGUCAGGCGAUGGAGGAGGGGAUGUGGGUGUGCCUGCAAAACUGCCACCUCGCGGAGAGCUGGAUGCCGAAGCUGGACAACAUCGUCGAGGGCAUCGACCCGGAGCGCGUGCACAAAGAUUUCCGCCUGUGGCUCACGUCGAUGCCGUCGCCGCACUUCCCGGUCGCGAUCCUUCAAAACGGCGUGAAGAUGACGCUCGAGCCGCCGAAGGGUUUGAAAUCCAACCUCGCGCGCUCCUACGCGAGAAUCACGGACGAUUACAUGGAGACGUGCAAAGACCCGGCGUCGCACAAGAAGCUCCUGUUCUCCAUAUGUCUAUUCCACGCGGUGAUUCAAGACCGAAGGAAGUUUGGCCCGCUCGGGUGGAACAUCCGGUACGACUUCACCGACGGCGACCUGACGAUGUGCCAGAGACAGAUCAAGAUGAUGAUCGACGACUACGAGGUCAUCCCGUACCAGGUCAUUCGCGUGUUGUGCGGCGAGAUCAACUACGGCGGGCGAGUCACGGACGAUAAGGACCGUCGCCUGAUCAACAAUCUGCUGGAUAACUACGUCAACGCGGACGUCAUCGGCGAUGAGUACAGCUUCUCCCCUAGCGGUACGUACAAGGUGCCGGCGGCGCAGAAUAACGUCGAAUUCGUCGACUACGUGAAGACCUUCCCGAUGGUCCCGAACCCGGAAGUUUUCGGGCUUCACGAGAACGCGGACAUCACGUGCGAUCAAAACGAGACGUACGCGCUGUUCGAGACCGUGCUGUCGCUGCAGCCGCGGGUGAACAGCGGCGGAGGGUUAUCGAGAGAGGACGUCAUCGAGGCGAGCGCGUCGGAUAUCUUCGCGCGGUGCCCCGAGCCGUUCGACAUCGACCAAGUCGCGCACAAGUACCCGACGGAUUACAACCAGUCCAUGAACACGGUGUUGACCCAAGAGUGCAUUCGAUACAACGCGCUGUUGAUCGUCAUGCGGCGGUCUCUGCAGGAAGGCUUGAAAGCGCUCAAAGGUCUCGUCGUGAUGUCGCCCGAGUUGGAGGCGGUGACGAAUUCGAUCUUCGACAACCAGGUCCCGGAAGCCUGGGCGUCGAAAGCGUACCCGUCGCUGAAGCCGCUGUCUUCGUGGGUCCUCGACCUGCUCGAGCGCAUUAAGUUCAUCAACGACUGGAUCGACAAAGGCCCGCCGCCGGUGUACUGGAUCAGCGGUUUUUUCUUCCCGCAGGCGUUUCUCACCGGGACGCUGCAAAACUACGCGAGGAAAAACAAAAUCGCCAUCGACACCGUGCAGUGGAACUUCAACGUCUUGGACACGAAAACGUUCGCGAACACGACGGAACCGCCCGAGGACGGGUGUUACGUCUCCGGGUACUUCCUCGAGGGCGCGCGGUGGGAUUACGACGCGCAUCAGCUCGCGGAGAGCCGACCGAAGGAGCUGUACACGGACUUCCCGUUGAUGUGGUUGGAGCCGGCGCGAAACCGCGAGCCGCCCAAGGAGGGGGUGUACAACUGCCCGGCGUACAAGACCUUGACGCGGGCUGGUCUGCUGUCGACGACGGGACACAGCACGAACUUCGUGAUGUACAUGGAGGUGCCCACGGACAAGAGCGAGUCGCACUGGAUCAACCGGUCGGUCGCGCUGUUCACGGCGCUGAUGUUUUGAUUAUUAUUAAGCGGAGGCGACGGAGGAGGAGGAGGACAGGAGGAGGAGGGAGUCGAUGUGCACGAUGCACGUGCGUCGUCACGUCGAAAACUUAUUAGAGAAGACCCAGGUGGGAUAACCGGGUGUUCUAGUCACUAGAUAACUCGUAGAUGGCGUCCUUCUAAAGAAUUAGAGGAUGCGUGUUG